AUGCGUUCUGAGAAAGGUAUUUACUUAUCUCAGCGAAAAUACGUGAUUGACUUAUUGAAAGAAACUGGAAUGCUUGGUUGUGAGCCGAUUGGAUCUCCUAUGGAACAGAACCAUGGUCUCGAAGAAUGUUCUGAUCAAAUACCAACAGACAAAGGACAAUAUCAAAGGUUAGUUGGACGCUUGAUUUACGUUUCCCAUACAAGACCGGACAUUUCUUAUAUUGUUAGUGUCGUAAGAAGAUUUAUGCAUAAUCCGGGUCAACAACACAUGGAUGCAGUCAUAAGGAUAUUGAGGUAUCUGAAGUCUGCGCCAGGAAAAGGUUUGAUAUUCUCAAAACAUGAACAUCUUGAUGUUUCGGGUUACACUCACUCGGAUUGGGGAGGCAAAGGUGACAGGAGAAUAUCAACAUCGGGGUAUUUUGCCUUUGCUGGGGGUAAUUUAGUGAAUUGGAAAUCUAAGAAACAAAAGGUUGUUUCUUUGUCCAGUGAUGAAGAAGAAUACAAAGCAAUGGUAAAAGGCAUUUGUGAAUUGUUAUGGUUGAAAAGUCUUAUGGGGAAGUCUGGUUUUCUCAUGAAAAACCCAUAA